CCGCAACGCCCAGCCCGCAAAACCCACAGCACAAAUCUCGAACCGAACGAACAAAUGUCCUCCAAACGGCAUUCCAUCCUCCCCCCCGUCUCCUCGUCAGGCCCGAAGCCGCCCGUGCACUUCUCCUCGUCCAUUACCAUCGCCGACUCGGCCCUGCUGACGGGGACGCACCCGAUUGCAAUUCACAGCGAGAGCGUGGUACACCCACGCGCCAAACUCGACUCGCUCGCCGGGCGCAUAACCAUCGGCCGGCGGUGCAUCAUCCACGAGCGGAGCACCCUGGGGGCCGUGGGCACGUCGGGCAAGAUCACCGAGGCGGCCGUCACGCUGGGUGACUACGUGACGGUUGAGGUUGGGGCGGCGAUCGAGGCGGGCGAGACGGUGAUUGGGGAGGGGACUGUCGUGGGUGUCGGGGCAAGGGUCGGGGCCGGGGCUGUUGUUGGCAAGCACUGCACGCUUACACCGCACAGCGAGAUUGCAGCCGGCGAGGUGGUACCGGAUUUGACGGUGGUCUACUCCAAUGGCAUGAGGAGGACGGACAAGCGGGAGGUGGCCGAGCUGAAGAAUAAGGGGAUCGCAAGGCAGAUUGAUGUGCUGCGGAGGAUGAUACCCAGUAACCCGGCCAAGUUUGCUUAGAUUCAUGUUUCAUUGCUAUUUUAGAGAUACCCCAUAUGUUAGCCAUGCAUCUUCGCUAAGAGUCCCUGCCAUGCUGUGCCACUGAAUGCUUCUCCCAAUGACCGAAAUGAUCGUCAUCGCUCAUAAAUCACACCCUCCCUCGGUCCGAGUCAUCACAAACACCGUAUCUUCAUCCACUCGCUCGUGCCGAGCCCCAAGUUGAGCCCGUUCUC